GAACAACUACGCAUCGAUAAGUAGAUCCUAAUUCUGUCAUUCGUCCGCUCGAAAAUUUCGAGAAUACUCCAUAUUUUGCCGCUUCUUUAUUUUUACAUUAGAUAAAUCGAAUCGAUUAUACGUAUUUUAAAAUAUCUAAUAGGUUUUUAGUGAAUUGAAUUCCAACACCCCUAACGACCGUUGGAUACAGUUCCGGCUCUUAUGGAAGCGUAGGACAGAUCUCUUUGAAGUUUCUGCCUGUGGAUAAUUUCACAUGUGGUGGUAAGCCGGUUAUCGUCGUAAAAAACGUUAUAAUAUUUUUCAAUUUUAAAAUUUAAACUAUUUUGAUAUAUAACAAUGCAUCAAGAAACGUUACAAUUAAUCCACAUCCUCGAAAAAACAGUUUCUCCUGACAAGACCGAAUUAGAACAAGCAUCGUCUUUUCUUGAACAGGCGGCUCUCACAAAUGUCGUACAAUUUAUAAAGACUUUAUCUGAAAUAUUAAGGCAUGGGGGAAAUAGUCCAGUGGCUCGUAUGGCUGCAGGCCUACAGCUCAAAAAUCAACUCACUUCAAAAGAUCCUGCCAUCAAAACAAAUUUUCAGUUGAGAUGGCUCAACUUUCCAGAAGAAAUACGUACUUAUGUUAAAAAAAAUGUUGUUGGAGCACUAGGUACAGAAACAAAUCGACCAUCUUCUGCAGCUCAAUGUGUUGCUUAUAUUGCUGUAACUGAGUUACCACAAGGACAAUGGCCCGAUUUAAUAAGUACAUUGGUAAACAAUGUGGUUCAACCUCACUCUACAGAAAUGCAAAAAGAAGCCACGCUAGAGGCAAUUGGUUACAUAUGCCAAGAAAUAGACUCAGAUGUACUUGUAACUCAAUCAAACGAUAUACUAACUGCUAUUAUCCAUGGAAUGAGAAGUCAAGAAACUUGUAACCAAGUGAGACUGGCUGCAACUCAAGCACUUCUCAAUUCCCUUGAAUUCACCAAAGCCAACUUUGAAAAAAUAACUGAAAGGAAUUAUAUUAUGGAAGUAGUUUGUGAAACUACACAGUCACCAGAUUCCCAAGUCAAGGUUGCAGCCUUACAAUGCUUGGUUAAAAUUAUGUCACUUUACUACCAACACAUGGAACCAUAUAUGGGACAAGCUCUAUUCCCUAUAACUUUAGAAGCUAUGAAGUCAGAAAAUGAUGCUGUCUCCUUACAAGGUAUUGAAUUCUGGUCUAACGUAAGUGAUGAAGAAGUAGACUUGGCUAUUGAAGAUACUGAAGCUCAAGAAAGUGGAAAAACACCAUCAAGAGUGUCCAGACAUUAUGCCAAAGGAGCCCUACAAUACAUUGUACCUAUUCUACUUCAGAAACUUACAAAACAAGAAGAACUUGACGAUGAAGAUGACUGGAACCCCAGCAAAGCAGCUGGAGUGUGUCUUAUGCUACUCGCCUCUUGUUGUGAAGAUGAGAUUGUUCCUUUUGUACUGCCUUUCAUCAAGGACAAUAUCAAAUCGGAAAACUGGAGGUUCAGGGAUGCCUCAUUAAUGGCUUUCGCUUCAAUUUUAGGUGGUCUAGAAGGCACCACUCUGAAGCCAUUGGUGGAGCAGGCAAUGCCAACUCUUAUCGAGCUCAUGUAUGAUAAUAGUGUGAUCGUUAGAGAUACAGCUGCUUGGACAAUUGGAAGGAUUUCAGAAAUAAUUCCAGAGGCAGCUAUUAACGAAACUUUCCUUAAACCUCUAUUAGAAGCUCUCAUCAAUGGCCUCAAGGCUGAACCAAGAGUAGCGGCCAAUAUCUGCUGGGCGUUCUCUGGCUUGGCAGAAGCAGCUUUUGAAGCAGUUUCUGGAGGAGACGAUAAUGGACAACCUGAAACAUAUCCUUUGUCCCAAUACUUCGAAUACAUUAUCCACCGUCUAUUGGAAACCACUGACAGGGCAGACGGAGGGCAGGCAAAUCUAAGACCUGCUGCCUAUGAAGCUUUGAUGGAAAUGGUUAAAAACUCUCCCAAGGAUUGUUAUGUUGCAGUAAGAAAUACCACUGUUGUCAUUUUGGAAAGACUUCAGCAAGUUCUGCAGAUGGAGGCACACAUUGUUAAUCAUAACGAUCGUAGCCAAUUUAAUGACUUACAAUCACUUCUAUGCGGUACUUUGCAAUCUGUUCUGAGGAAGAUGACACCUGAAGAUGCACCUCAAAUCUCCGAUGCUAUAAUGACUGCUAUGUUGACAAUGUUCAGUUCGAAUAAGAGCGGAGGAGUCCAAGAAGAUGCCCUUAUGGCUGUUUCCACACUCGUUGAAGUUCUUGGAGAAGGUUUCAUUAAAUAUAUGGAUGCCUUCAAGCCCUACCUAUAUCUAGGACUGAAAAAUCACCAGGAGUACCAAGUGUGUUGUACGGCUGUCGGUUUGACAGGAGACAUUUUCCGGGCACUGAAAAUCAAAAUCCUACCAUACUGCGACGAAAUCAUGCAACUACUCUUGGAAAACCUCGGGGAUCAAUCAGUUCAUAGAUCGGUGAAACCACAGAUAUUAUCAGUAUUUGGAGAUAUUGUAUUAAGCAUUGGUCCCGAAUUUAGGAAGUAUCUGGAAGUUGUUUUGACUACUUUAGCUCAAGCGUCUCAAGCACAAGUUGACAGGAAUGAUUUCGAUAUGAUCGACUACCUCAAUGAGUUGCGGGAAGGUGUACUGGAAGCUUACACAGGAAUCAUACAAGGUUUGAAGGGUGAAGGUCCGACACCAUCACCAGAAUUGAUGUUAUUGGAGCCUCACGUUCCAUUCAUAGUUCAAUUCAUUUUGGUUGUCGCUCAAGAUGCGGAUCAUUCAGAAACUACAAUUGCUGUAGCUGCGGGCCUAGUUGGAGACUUAUGUAGUGCCUUUGGAGCACCUAUGAUUCAUCUCCUUGAUCUGGAGCCCAUUAAUGAAAUGCUUGGACAAGGCAGAAGGAGCAAGCACAGCAGGGCUAAGACCCUAUCCAUUUGGGCGUCAAAGGAGUUGAAAAAAUUGAAGAAUAUCGCCAGCAAUUCAGCUGCUGCGAGUUGGUAUGAGUUUGCAUUAUUCUUCAUUUUUAAAGAAGUACGGGAGAAUCCCUCAAUCAGUCUAAAUUUUACACCAUACUAUAACUUAUUGUUGGAUGCAAUGGUCUCUCGGUAGUUACAUGAGGAUUUUCACUAUCCCAGAUGCCCUCGUCCUUCUCGUAGAUGUAUUGGAGUGAGUUUAGAAAAAGAUUUUGGAAUUUCUUCACAUCGACGGAAUUCAACCAAUAGUAUUUGAGAACAUUUUCAAAAUAAAACAUUAAUUUUCAAUUUCAAGCCAGUAACAAAAUUCGGUCUAGUCACAAUAACUAAAGCUUGUUCUCUCCUACUUUUCAUUUUUUAAGAUGAUAAAUAUGUGUAUUUAUUUAUACAACUUUUAUAUGCCUCAGAUUAUGUAUGUUCUGUAAGUAAAAUAUUAAUUUUUGCAAAUUUCAUGUAUAUUUGAAAAUCUUGUAUAUUGUGAACCUUGUUGAUCUAUGGGUUAUGACUGGAAGAUUGAUAGUAUAUUUUCUUAGUAAAUUUUAGCAAUUUUUUUUCUUGUUCUGUUUCAAUAAAAAAAAAAUUGUAAAAAUAUAAUAUGCUCAUUUACUUGGACUUUCUACAUGAUAUUCUGGCUUGUUAUAUACAUAUAUAUUUUUCCAUUGAUUUUUAUCUGUUUCUGAUUGUAUUUCUUACAAGAAUCCCAAUUUUUUAGAAUGAAAAGGAAGAACAUUGACCAAUAUGUAUUGUGACUGGGACCGAACCUUUAUCGACAUGGUAUUGGGUCCCAAUGAAAAAAAUUAAAAACUAGUUGAGUGGGGGUAGAGUGAUUGCUAGUAUGAACUUGUUGUGAGGAUUUUGGGCGUUAAUUGGUGAUUUUAGUUGAAAAAAAUUAAGGUACGUUUGCUAUGAAAGUCUGGGUGGCGCCUGAUUCUGAAAGUUCUGAAUGGCGUUUACUAUUAUAGUGAAAAACAUUCAACAGAAUUCUGAUAAAAUACUUCAUCUCAGUCCUAAGCAGAAUGAGUUUUUUCAUUCAAAAUUUACAUAUCGAUAUAAAACUAACGUGUCACUCUUGGCCAAUCUGAAUUUAAAUAGUUUAAUUCCAUUAGUAUAAGAAACAAUUAUUGUUGAGGUAUUCAUCCAAAGUCUACAAUGAAUUUACCAAAAUAUUUUAAUUGAUCAAUUGCCCUUUAAAACUAAUUAUUGACAGUUUCAGAUGCAUUUUUGAUUCUUCAAUCAAUUAAUCAAAUAAGCAAUAUUAAAAACUUUUUGGAAUCUAAAAAAUAUAUACUACAGGGUAAAAUUAUGAAAAUGAAAAUCAAAUGACAAUAAACUAAAUUGGAAAAGAAUCUAAAAUGUGUCUACAUGUUUCUGUUAUUCAUAAUUUCGAAAGGAACUUGAUGAAAAAAGCGCAUUUCAACGUUAUUUUUAAAGUACAAACAAUUAUUUUUUCCUCUUUUCAAAAUUUUUCUAAAAUAAACAAGAAUGAUUAAUGUUACCAAAUCCAUGAUGAAAUGUUUAUGUCGCUGAAAAUGUGCUUUAUUUUUUGAAUGAGACAAAUGUAAACAAGUUCAUUGAAAACAUGUAUCUCAGGUAAUAUGAGAAUAAAGGUGAGUGGUAUUUUUCUGAAAGUUUUUUGUGAGGCCCGAAUGUGCCUUGCUUGUGAGUUGAGUGACAAAUCUAAACUUUUUUAACAAGGGCAAAUUUGUGAGGUCUAGUUAAAACAGUUCAGAAAUGGUCGGUAGAAUAAAAUAAUCUGUGAUUUGAGGAGGUUUCUAAAGAUAAUGAUGCCAAAAAAUUAUUGAUUAUUCCAUUAGUAUUUAAAAAAAGUUAUAGGAAGCCUUCUCAAUAUUUUCAUAAGUAUAAUUCCAGAUGUAAUUCACUAUUCCUUGUAUGUGUGAUAAAUUUGACAUUAAAGCCAUCUUCAUUAUCUCGGUUUCUCCAGUUUCUUUUGUUUUUAUCAUUUCUUUUUUUAUCAAAAUUUCACUGUCAACUAACGUACAAAAUUCUGCUGUUUUCAGUCAUCGUACACUUUAUUUUUUUUUACUUGGCGAAUUAAAAUAUUCUUCACAAUGAUGAAAAAUGAAAGCCCUUCGGAGAAACUGAAAUUCUGAAUUUUGGCUUUUGAAACAAUGGCCAAUCUUUGACUUUUGAUAGAAAUUUUUAUGAACGUUUGUCUAUUUAUUUAUUGAUCAAAAAAACUUAUUGUGUAUUUUAGUGGCCCAUUGUUAAUGUCAAUACUAAUAAGGCUGUAUGAAUUUUUAGUAUGUAAGAGAAGCGAAUGUGAUAUUUGAAUGUUAGUUGUAAUUUUUAUGAAUUGUGUAGAUCUUCUACUGGCCUAAAUUUUUUAGUAGUUCUCUUAAUCUUUGCUGUUUAUUUCAUAAGGGGCAUUACACCAGUUUUUGUAAAUAUUUUUUUCGCGAAUUAUUGAUUUGGAUUUUUGUUUGGUCUAACUGCUCAUGACUGUAUAAACUUAAAAUUAGAAAAGUCAAAUUGUUAAGUUAUAAAAAAAAUUGACCUGUAAAGCGUACCACACAUUUUUGUUUGUAAUGCUUUCUUAUUGCUUUAUUUGUAAUAAAAUAUGAUAUAAAAAGGAUAUUCUAUUAUUGGGUGUUUGAGAUUAAUCUCAGGCUGUUGAGACAUUCAGAAAUAUAUUUUGAUAUUUUUGUGUACAUCUUUACUGUUUUACAUUCCAGUUCUCAAAUUUUUCUCUAUCGAAUUUUAUUUGUUGAUAUUAUUUUUAUUAGUUCAUUCUAUUUUUCUUGUAAUUAUACAUUUUCAUUUGGGAGAAAUUUUUGAAAAUUAAUUGAAAUUCGUGUCUUAUUGAAACGUUUUCUUAGAUUGAAACGUGUUAGUUAGCUGAAUCGAUAUGAGCUUUGUAAUAAUGAAAAAAAAGGGUUGAAUGUUGUGCCAUGUUCGAUUGCAAUGUAAGAAAUAUAAUGAACACCCCAAGUACAGAUGCUUAACAAUAGAACAAUAAAGUGUGUUAUGAAGACUGAGUAUCUCUUAAUCAUGUAAAAAAUAAGGUUUAGCUCAAGUGCCGAAUAAAUGUCGGUGCGUAAUUUGUAUUACUAUUGUUAAACAUCCGUCCCGAUUAUGGAGUAGCUUAAAUUAUAUAAUGUUACCAUGUCUAAGGUGCCUACUGACCAAUUGUAUGUAAUUCAAAAUUAAUAUUCUGUAAUCCUUUUAUUGUUUUGUUAAAUGAAAAUUUCAAACGCCUCAUAUUUAUGUUACUGAAUUAGCAUUUUUGAAGUUUUGAUUUAGUUCGAAUAUGGGUAAUAAAAACUUGAUUUUAUUGCUUA